CCUUUAUUCCGUUGACCACCGUAAUCGAUAAGUCAACCCUCAUCAUGUUUUCUUCUUCUUCAUGUUAUCCUCUACUCUGCAGUCUGCCCAUUUAUUUUCCGAGAGAGAAAACCCAACAACAAUAUAAUGGCGGACCGAUUCUUCGAAAAUGAGAUGCCAGACUUUGUGCAAGAAAACCCAGAUGAAGAAGAAGUAAUUAGAUCAAGAAAUGGUAGGGUUGAAGUUAACCCUCAGGCAACACAAGAUUCACUUGUUAGGCUCCUCUCUCAACCCUACACCACCAUCUCUCUCAAAUUCCAACGCGCAGCCCUCGACCUCAAACAAACGAUUGUGGUGAAGACCUGGGGGGGAUUUACUGGGCAACACGUCGAAGAUUUUACUCUGUAUUCCGGUACAUUGGGCACUGCGUUUUUGCUCUUCAAAUUUUAUCAAGUUACCCACAACAAAAAUGACUUGACUCUUAGCUCCGAGAUUGUCAAGGCUUGUGACUCCGCUUCCGUUCAUUCCAGGGAUGUGAGUUUUAUGUGUGGUAGAGCUGGUGUAUGUUCGAUCGGAGCUGUGGUGGCAAAGCAUAUGGGUGAUGAUAAGCUGGUUCAUUACUAUUUGAACCAAUUUAAAAAGAUAAGACUGUCAGAAGAUCACCCCGAUGAGUUGCUAUAUGGUAGAGCUGGAUACCUAUGGGCUUGUCUAUUUCUCAACAAACAUUUCGGCAACGAGACAAUUCCUUCAACCUCAAUGAGUGCUGUUGUGAAGGAAAUUAUCAAGAAAGGAAGAAAACAAGGGAAAAAGGAAGGGAGCCCGUUGAUGUACGAAUGGCACGGUGAGAGGUAUUGGGGUGCAGCGCAUGGAUUGGCUGGGAUAAUGCAUGUUCUCAUGGAGUGUCGUUUAACUUCCGAUGAAAUCGAAGAUGUUAAAGGAACACUUAAAUACAUGAUCAAAAAUCAAUUCCCAAGUGGAAAUUAUCCGGUUAGUGAAGAAGAUAAGACGAGAGAUGCUCUCGUGCACUGGUGCCAUGGAGCCCCUGGGAUUGCUCUCACCCUUACCAAAGCUGCUAUGGUAUUUGGAGAUAAGGAGUUUUUAGAAGGUGCGAUGGGUGCAGCAGAGGUUGUGUGGAACCGAGGGCUUCUGAAAAGAAUCGGGAUGUGUCAUGGGAUCAGCGGAAAUGCAUACGUGUUUCUCUCUCUAUACAGACUGACGGGAGUAGUGGAGUAUUUGUACAGAGCGAAAGCAUUUGCGAGCUUUUUGCUUGAUGGGACCCACAUGCUUAUUUCGACGGGAGAGCUGCAUUCCGGAGAUAAUCCCUUCUCUCUGUUUGAAGGUAUGGGUGGAAUGACUCAUCUUUUCCUUGACAUGGUUCAACCCAAGAAUGCUAGGUUCCCGGCUUAUGAAUUCUGAUGAUACUACGUACAUGUGUUAGAUAUGUGUCAAAUGUGUAAAGCUGUCUCUCUUCUCACAAUUACAUUCGAUUUUAAAUUUGUGUGUGUGUGUGUGUCUGUGUGCGUGUGCUCAAAUUACGUAUGUAAAUGCUUUUGUACAGUACGCCCGCAUAUGUGUAUGUGAAUGUGAAUGCUUUUGUAUUUGUAUGACCGGUCUUUCUUCA